UCUUCUUUAUCCAUUCAUCCUCUGACAGCCCUUUUUUUUCCUUCCCUCUCAGCAAGGACCAGUCACCCCUGAUUGCAGGAAUGUGCUCCCUCCCCAUGGCAAUAUACUACAUAAUUAAGGAUGCAGAUCAGAAGGCUCUGUGCACGAGAGACCGCCACCUCCUGGUGGGGGAUCCCGCCACAGACAACUGCCGUGCAGGAAUGAUCUUCAUACUCCCCAACAGAGGCCUGGGCCACACCAGUUUCCCCGUCUUCCUGGGGAUCCAGGGAGGCAGUCGUUGCCUGGCAUGUGUGGAGACAGGGGAGGGGCCUUCCCUGCAGCUGGAGCCCCAGAAGCCUCGAGGGCUGACACGCAAUCAGCAAUCUUAUCCAACAGCCGCCUUCAGGCUGGAGGCUGCUUCCUGACCUGACUGGUUUCUCUGUGGCUCGGCUGAGCCCCAAGAGCCUGUACGACUCACCAAGGAGAGUGAGCCCUCAGCCUGCACUGAGCUCUACUUUGAACAGAGUCGGUAG